AUGGUCGGGAUCUGGGUUAAGAAAUGGGCUCGAACAAUUUGGCGACUGAUUCUUCUCCGAGAUAUGAGGUGUGGUUUUUCCGGUGAAGCUUGCGACUGCGGAAGCUCCAUGGCGGGGGCGUUUGAGAUUCGGACGAGAUCUGGUGGUAGCUGCCGGAUAGGAGGGAUGUGUCUUUGUCGGAGGAAGCUCCGGUGUGACGGUGGAGCUGGCUUAAGGAUGGCGGGUCCUCACGGCGGUGGCUCUGCUUGUCGACGGCGGUGGAAGAUUCUGACCGGAUUGAAGAGGAGUGUCGCGUGGAGGUGGCGGAGAUGUGUGCGGGUUCUGAUUCAACGCUGCGGAAGGACUGAGUGGACGGGAUUGGACAACCAUUCUACUUGGAGCCCCAAGGCGGCGAGGAUGAGCCCUGGUCUCUUGUCCGCCGGCGCGGUUGGAGGAGGAUAA